AUGGACCUCUUCGACGGCUCCGACGAUGCUUCCGAUGCCGCUGGUGAGGAGGAGGGCGUCAUCGGCCGCGUCGGCGAUCAGCUCACCGUCAACAAGUCGUACGCCAGCCGCUUUGAGAACCGGAAGCGCAAGCAGGAGAUGGCGCAGCUCCGGCAGUUGCACGGCGAUCUCGACUCGGAAGAGGACGCCUCGUCCGAGGAUGAGGACGGCAAGAUGCUCACGCGCGAGCUCGACCUCAAGAUCUUCAAGGCCAUCGACGCUGUUCGGCAGAAGCGUCCCGAGGUCUACAAGCCCGAGGCGGCCUUUUUCGACCAAGGGGAGGGUGCGGAGGGCGAGGACAGCAGCGGCGACAGCGACGGGGAAGGUGGCGAGAAGGACGGAGCUGGGAGCUCGAGCGCCAAGGCGCCGCGCGAGCUGCGGAGGGCGCUGUCGGUCAAGACCUCCGGCGCAGGCGCAGAGGGCGCGGCGGACGAGGAGGACGAGGAGCUGCUGAUUCGGCGGGAGGUUGCGCCCGAGGAGCGGGAGGCGGAGGCGGACGAGUACGCGUCGUGGCUCAAGCAGCAGCUCUCCAGGGCGGGCCCGGUCGACGAGGCGGUGACGCUGCGCAGGUACAUGCUCGAGGAGGACCUGCCGCCAGACGAGGCCUUCCUGCGCGACUACAUGCUCAACGCGAUGUGGAAGCGGCCGGCGGGCGGCACCUUCAGCGACCGCGAAGAUGAUUUUGAGCGGUCGCACAACUUUCGGUACGAGGAGGCGGGCGCGGCGCGCGUGGUGUCGCACCCGCGGCAGGUGGAGGGGUCGCUGCGCCGGCAGGCCGAGCUGGGGCGCAAGCGGCAGGCCAAGGCGGAGGCGAGCGAGCGGCGCGCGGCGCUGAAGGAGAAGAAGGCUGCCGAGCUGCGCCGGCUCAAGAACCUUAAGAAGGCGGAGAUCCUGGAGCGGCUGCAGGCGAUCGAGAAGGUGUCGGGCGGCGCGGGCUCGCUCGAAGGCGUCGACCUGAGCGGCGACUUCGACCCGGACGCGUGGGACAAGCAGAUGGCCGCCGUGUUCAACGACGACUACUACGCCGCCGCGGACCCGGAGCUGGCGGCCGAGCUCGAGGCUGCCGAGGAGGCGGGGGUGGGCUGGGGCGAGGAGGAGGCGGGCGGCGAGGCGGACGAGGCGGGCCCGUCGGCGGAGCUGCAAAAGACGACGCAGCAGUACAUGGACGAGUACUACGCGCUCGACUACGAGGACGUGCUUGGCGAGGGAGAGGACGCGCUGCCCACGCGCUUCAAGUACCGUGCGGUCGAGCCUGCCGGCUUCGGGCUGACCGACCGCGAGCUGCUCGAGCUCGACGACAAGGAGCUCGGCAAGAUCGUCCCCACCCGGCUCGUCAAGCGGCCGUAUGCGCAGUGGGACGCCGCGCGCGUCAAGUCGCGCGCCAAGCGGGUGCGGUGGGAGGCGGAGGCGGCGCGGCGUGCUGAAGAAGGCAGCGCGGGCGGCCCAGGUAAGCGCGGCGGAAGGUUGGCGGAGCGUCCGGCAGGCGACGAGAGGAGGGAGAAGAUAAAGCGGCCGCGCGAGGCUCCCGAGACGACCCCGGCGGCACAGGCACAGACCUCGACCAAGGUGGCGGCGGCAAGCCGGCUCGAGGCCUUUGCGAAGGUGAACAAGCGCUCCAAGCGGGAGGCUCGCGAGGCGAGAAAGGAGCGUAAAAAGAAGGGGACCUUUUGA